AUGGUGAGGGUAUACAGCGCCUUUCAGGACUUCCUGAACGAAUUACUGCUCGUUGUAGAAGCGGUGUUCGUGAGAAAACUAAGCGGGACUGAGCUCAAUGGAGAGCAACUAUGUUCAAGGGCAAGAGAAUGCUCCCAAAAGUUGCAGAUAUUCCUUCAGGAACGCUUCAAACGUCUGACUUGUCUCAUGGAAACUGUUUUAGUCAACAAUGUCCUCUCAGUCCCGCCUAAUGUGUUGUUACCUGAUGACCAGCCACACAGAAAGUACAUUCAACGUUUAGAGGAGGUUCUUAAUCUGGAGUCUUCCCUGGCGGGGCUGCAACUGGUGUACCAGGCAGAGGUGUGUGGCAGGCAGGCCUUGCUGGCUGAGCUGGAGGAGCAAAGAGAGGUCCAAGAGCAGCUGGAUGGAAUCCUGAGGUGGAUUGUAGAACUACACGCAGCGUGGAUGCAGGAGGGAAUGGCCAGCUUUCACGACAGCUUCCAUGUGAUGAUGUAA